ACGGUCACACUCUACCAAUGUUUACGUUUUACAGCGAAAAAGUCUGCCAAUUGUUGCUAAACAAAUAAAAUUCACCAACAAUAAAGCCACAGAACCGCACAAAUGUCGCUGUUGGAGCAAUAUGAACAGCAGUAUGCUUCAUUAAUAGCAGAAAUAACUGCCCAUAUUGGACGACUGCAGCAGCAAAACAACAACAGCGAACGUCAUGAUUUGUGCAGCAAGAUCGAUGCCAGCUUGCCCGAGGCCCAGGAACUGCUGGAGCAGAUGGGUCUGGAGGUCAGGGAACUGAGUCCCAGCCAACGGAGCAGCUUCAACGGCAAACUGCAGGUGGCCCAGGCGGAGCUAAAACGCCUGCAGGCGGAGUACAGGCAAACCAAGGACAAGCAGCGCUCGCAGGCCAACGCAUUCACCACCCUGGAUUUGGGAGACAGCUACGAGGACGUGUCCAUAAGCACAGAUCAGCGACAGCGUCUGCUGGACAACUCGGAGAGGAUCGAGAGGACGGGCAAUAGGUUGACCGAAGGAUAUCGCGUGGCUCUGGAAACGGAGCAAAUGGGUGCCCAGGUACUAAGCGACCUUCACCACCAGAGGGAAACCCUCCAGGGAGCCAGGGCUCGUCUCCGGGAAACCAACGCCGAGCUUGGAAGGGCAUCGCGCACUCUAAACACCAUGAUGUUAAGAGCCCUGCGGGAGAAGGUCGUUCUGUACGGAGUGGGAGUCUGCUUUGUGGUAGCCGUGGGCGUCAGUCUCUACCUGACCUUUGCCCCAAGUUCCACAAGCGCCGUCACCUCGUAGUAAUUCUAGAUAAGAAACCAAAGAAGAAAGCCCAUGAUUGUAGCCCAAAUUUAGUUGGCAUAGAAGCCUACCCAUUCCAAUUUCGUGAGUUGAUUAUUUAUUCUUUAGCAUAUUUUAUCUUUACGAGAUACUCUGUGGAAGAAAGCUGCAGACUUACGCACUAAUCUAUAUACGAAAAGAUGUUUAUUUAAAUGAAAAUGCUGGAAAGUUUGGUUUGUGUUGAAUAUGUUCUCUCAGAAAUUAUAAAUUCACCAAAUCUAUUUUGUAGGCCCAGCAUAAGGAUUUGUGUAAAGUAUUACAAAUAAUUCCAGCCUGUCCGUGAACUGUUCUGUUCUAUGGUUUUACGUUUUAUUUCUUAUUACUUACUUGUUCCUAGUCAAAAACUUCGCACACAUUGCAUUCCUUGCCUACGAUCAUAGACCCAUCCUCAAUUAUGUGUAAAAAGUUUAAAUGGUUAAAGUUUGGCGCCUGGUUAAUAGUAACUAAUCCUACUCUAUGACUCGUAUUCGCAUUCGGGACGUGUUUCGCAUAAAUUCGAAAUGAACAUGUAUCUAAAAACCAAAAACAUAGCCGAGAACUUGUUAAUAAAUAAAGCAAACACUAAAAAUGCA